AUGAGUUCCGACGGUUCAGAACCAACAAAGUGGACUCUAUCUUUAGCCGCCCAAUUUGACGAUAUAAAUCGUUUAAACAAUGUCUUGAACGACGGAUCGGUGGAGGAAUGUUUUCUUGCCUAUGUAAAACAAACAGAAUGGGUCCGCACGCAAUGGGCGGCGUCAGAAGCAGAAUCAGCGCGCCUCCAGACGGAGCUGGAUGAAGCACUCCGCACUCUCUCGAAAUGGGAGGCGAAAUUUGCUCAUGUUCGUAAAAUGCUGGAUGGUGAAAAACGAGAGAGGAAUAUUAUUUUGAAAAAGUAUAAUGAAGUGAACAAAUUGUUAGACUUAGCACGGGACCUGCUAUUUAAAGACAAUAGGACAAAACUGAAUGAUGAAACCCUACACAAACUUGCCUUUUUGAAUGGUACAGCACAACAAGACCUUAACACCAAGAUCAAUGGGAACGAUCUUAAUUCUACUGGUACUCUUCUCUCCGAGAUGUCAUAUUCCCGCUCUGAAGAUGACCUGGAUGAGUCAAUGGCAUCAGCACAUAGGUCCUGGGCUCACCGUGGCAGUUGGACUGUCCGCGAGAAUCCACCAGCUAGCAAGAAACGUCGCUCGUCAAUUAAUUCAUCUGCAGCUAAGACAGUGGAACUGCAAGGAGGCAAAGUACUGGCUACGGCCACGACUACUUUGACGCUGGAACGAGCUCCGACUUCACAUGAUUUGAAACCACCACAGAACUUUCAACCAAUAUCCGAAAGCAGCGAUGAAGCAGCCACCCCGCGUCGUAAAUCCUCUCGCCGCUCUGACAAAAUGAUGCAGCAGCAGCAGGAGUAUACACCAUCAGCUCCACCCAAGACCGAUACAGAAAGUGCAUCAGACACCGGCCGUCUGCCACAGCGUACUCCGUCUGUGCUGUCUGCUGGUUUUGGGUCUCCCCGGACCAGAAUCCGGCAGCACAACUUCGUCGCAAAGACAUUUUACAAGCGGGAGAUAUGCGCGCCUUGCGGAAAGCCUAUCGGCUUCGCCAAGUUGGGUGUGCGCUGCGAGAACUGUCGUGCGCCGGCGCACGCGGAUUGCCGAGCUUUGCUCCCGCUUCCUUGCGUGCCACCCGGACGAGCUGCGCAUAACCAGGUGGGCAGCAUCUCCGACUAUGCUCCAUCAACACCGCCGAUGGUUCCAGCACUGUUGGUGCACUGUAUCAAUGAGAUAGAGAAGCGAGGUCUCACUGAACGAGGAAUUUACAGGAUCAGCGCUGUGGACAAGGAAGUGAAACGGCUUAAGGAACGCUUCCUCCGCGGCCACGGCUCGCCGCAGCUGGCCAACGAGGACAUAAACGUGGUCUGCGGCUGCGUCAAGGACUUCCUGCGUUCGCUGCGCGAGCCGCUCGUCACGAACGCGCUGUGGGCGGACUUCAUCGACGUGGCAAAGCUGAGCGAGCCGACGGACGCCACCGCGGCCAUGGUGCAGGCGGUCAGCCAGCUGCCGCAGCCGAACAGGGACACGCUCGCGUUCCUCAUGCUGCAUUUGCAAAAGGUAGCGGAAAGUCCUGACUGCGAAAUGGGCGUGGAGAAUUUGGCGCGUAUUUUCGGCCCCAACGUUCUGGGAUACGGUAUGGUGACGGAAGCACCAGAAAUAUACACCGUCACUACGCAAAUGGCUAAUGUAAUGCUAGUUAUGCUCCGCUUACCAGGCGACUACUGGUCACAGUGGGCGUGUCCCGGCGACUCCCCCCAGCGCCAACUCCAAGCAGCGCAGAAACCACGCGGCUUCUUCUUCUCGCCAGCUGAUAAUGGCGUGUCAAGAAAGAAGAGAAACUUCUUCUAA